GUUUGAACGCAGAGUGUGUUGACACGGCGCUUGCCGCCAUGGAGGGGGACUUUGGUGCCCGGCUGCAGUUGCUGGAGGCACAGGUGGGGGAUCUCCAGCGCCGCGUCGAGACUGUGUCUGGAGAGGCACCAGCGGGCGACGUGCUGAAACGUUUGCAGACUGUGGAGGAGACCAUCAGCCAGAGCUCAGAGGACAAGCUCCAGGCUUGGCCUGAGGGGAUGUCCGCCGAGCUACAGGCGAGCGUCAAAGCGGUGCUGCAGAAGCUGGAGAAGGGCUUGUCGACAUUGGAGGAGGCCACGAAGCAGCAGACAAAGCAGACGGAGAGCACCCUGACACGCCUGGCUAAGAAAGUGGAGGAGACCUUGCAGAACUCUGCCCUGGAGAUCGGGGACGCGGCGCUGCAAAGCUUGCUGGACCAGGCGGAGAAGAUGCCACGAGUGCGGCCGUUCCCCGCGGACCGCGGUGUGGUACGUCAGGUGUCCCAUGACUGGCAGGCGCGGCUUGCGCUCGCCCUCGCCCUGCAUGGUGCGGCCCAUGUCACCGGCGGCGUCGAUGACCUCGCUGAGGCCAGCACCCUGGGUGCCGCAGCCGGCACAGGGACGCGCGAACCUGCGAGCCAUGUCGCCCGAGGGCAUGAUUGCCAUGGCCAUGCAAAGCCCGCGGGAGCUCGGAGCUUCCCGGGGCCGCAGCGUGGAGCCGGCCAUGCGAAUGGUGCGUCCGGAUGGCUUCGUACAGCCCGCUAUGAUCCCCGUGCAGCUAUCCGGAGCGAUGUCGCCAGCAACGGCGCGCAAGGCAGCACCGCAGGUACAGACAUCGCCACGGGGCCCAGAGUGGCUGCAGCAGCCCCCAGCAGCAUUGCGGCAGGCGAUGCCAAGAGCCUCCAAGCCGCCUGAGGGCCAGCCGUAGAUUUGUCCUCCCCGUUCUUCCGGCCGAAUUGUCUUUGCCCUGAAC